AUGGCCGCUCUCCAAACCGCAAAGCGCGAAUUACGCAAGCACCUGCGCGAGGUCUUCCAAGGCUUGUCGCCGGUCUCGAUAGCUCAGCAAUUCCGUAUUGACCAUGAUCAAGCCGGAGUCGCAACCAACAAAUUCCUGUCUCUACCCGAAUACCAAAAUGCCAAAAGCAUUGGGGUCUAUCUGUCUAUGCCGGUCGGAGAGCUCUCAACGUCUGGGAUAGUCCGAGAUGCACUGGAGCGUGGUAAAAAAGUAUACAUCCCAUAUAUUCACACGGUCGAGAAAACAUCUAUCAUGGACAUGCUGGCUCUCGAAUCUACGGAUGAGUUGGAGGCUCUACAAUCCGACAAGUGGGGAAUACCAUCUCUACAUCCUAGGCAGCUCCCUGGUCGCCGCAAUUGUCUAACGGAAGGAGGGUUGGAUCUGAUUGUGAUGCCCGGAAUGGCCUUCGAUGAGAGAUUCCGAAGACUCGGCCAUGGGAAGGGGUAUUAUGAUCAUUUCCUAACGCGAUAUGCGACUUCGAGCAACAAAAUGCCAUUUCUCGUCGCUUUGUCGCUCCAAGAGCAGAUAGUCGAGGAAGUCCCAGUCAUGCCGCAUGACUGGUUGAUAGACGCGAUUAUUGUGGGCGAUGGACGAUAUCUUGACCGCCGGUGA